CAGCGCGUCUCUCUCUCUCUCUCUCUCUCUCUCUCUCUCUCUCUCUCUCUCGCUCUUUCUCGUGCAUGAUUACUACAUACCUAUAUUUACGCAUUCGAUAUGGAUUUAUGUAUCGGCAGAUUGGGCAGCCAUAGCGACGAUAAGUACGAGAGAUGAUGUUCAAAGCUUUCCCGUUGCGAAUUUGAUCUCCAUUGCCGACGGGCCUGUUGGAAACGGUACCGGAAUACCGUACACGUACCUCACGCCUCUCGAUUUUCCCGCUCAGGAUCUCGCUAAAGAUCAUCGCGCGACUCUGUUAGUGUCGCUGGCUCAGGGCAGCUAUUGCAAAGAUAAAGAAUAUGAUCCGAUGGACCCGCGAUGCGUCAGAGUCAUGUUAACUGGAAAGAUUGUGGCACUGAAAAACGACACGAAGGAACACGAGGUUGCGAAGCAACUGUACUUUGACCGUCACCCGAAUAUGCGGAACAUGCCCGAAUCGCACAACUUCUUCUUCGCCGAGUUAAAGAUUUCAGUGAUCGCCAUGCUGGACACCUUCGGUGGCGUAAAGUACAUUCCCGUCGACGAGUACUUCAAUCCGCCGGUCACCUACAGGAGCUCUUUACUCGGAAGAAAAUCACCACGGCCUAUUUUCAAACGUCAACCCCGUUUUCCAUAAACGUAAAUCUCUGUCAGAAUCCACCGAGAUCCUGAUAGUCCGAAUUCCCGAGAUUUGUAAUGUUAGUCUCGGGGGUCCCCUUAUAGAAAGGAAAUUUAAAAGGAAACUUAACAGUUUUGUAUCCUCCAAGUGACUUGCUAC